AUGGAGUGCAGCUACUGCCACGGACCGUUCAACGACCCCAAAGUGUUGUGUUGUUCCCGCCUGUGCAAGCUAUGCCUGCGGACCCACAUCGAGACCACGGUCAAGGACGAUUUCAUCGCAUGUCUCGUCUGUUACAACAAGAUGAAGAUUCCAGAUCCUUACAGGCCGAGAGACGAGUGGGCGGACCAGUACCGCAGUGACAUAUUCCUCCAGCGAAUGAUACAGGCCGGCAAACAAGUGGAAAGCAAGCACAACUGCUUCAUUUGUGAGAGCAGUAGAGGGGGUCACUCCAUCGUAAAAAUACAAAGUCUCAACGCCAAGGACAUAAUGACCAAGCGCAGACUGUAUUGCACUAUACACCAGGACCGUCCCUUAGAAGUCUUUUGUCAGACCAAUCAAGUCACACCCAAGCCUGCCUCCUCGUCCUUGUCGGAGUCUUCCAAUGUGUCAGUUAUGAGUACACCCAGGGCAGAGGCGGGUCAGGUGGUGUGCCAUACCUGCGCCGACGAAUCUCACCGGAAUUGUAGGACACGCCCUCUGAACAAAGUGGCGAAAGAUAUCAACGAAAAGUUAAAUAAGGUUAGAAGUAAAAUCCCAGCAGUUAUAGACAUUCAAGAACAGAAAAGCACCGCCCUCAAAGAGCGAAAAUCGCGCAUGGUGGACAGCAACGAACAGAAGAUCAAUGAGAUAGAGAAUGCUUUCGCCAAAAUACAGCAAGCCAUUGACGCCAGGAAGAAGCAUCUACUUGACUCAAUGAGGGAAAAGUCGAAGAGAAACGGCCUACAGAUAGAAACUAUGGCAGACCAAUCCGUGUCCUUCCUUGCGGCUAUGAAGAACGUGAAAACCCUGCUCUCCUGGAUGGAAGAGUGUGGAACGGACUACGACGUAGCCACAUCUGACGGCCUACAGAUAGAAACUAUGGCAGACCAAUCCGUGUCCUUCCUUGCGGCUAUGAAGAACGUGAAAACCCUGCUCUCCUGGAUGGAAGAGUGUGGAACGGACUACGACGUAGCCACAUCUGGUGACAUACUCAUUGACCAGUACAAUCAUCUGUACAGACUGUGUCGGGAUCCCGAGGGCCAUGACCUCACACCUUUCCGCAGCUCGGUGAACGUGGAGGAAGGUGUCGUCAACACGUUUGUACAGAUGGUCGAAAUGAUUGGCUCUGAUGCCAGUGGACACGUCAUAGCCUUCAAGACAAAGCAGCUUUCUCUGCGCAUGCCUGAAGACCUGGAGGACCCUGUGAUCAAAGACAUCCUGCUACUAGAAGACGGCUCCUUGAUCGCCACGGACAACAAGAAUAAGUGUCUGAAAAUGGCCAGUAUCACAGACGCUGGAGACCCCAGGGUUGUCAAACUGGCUCUGAAGACGCAGCCUUGGGGCACCACCAAAUUGCAGGUGAACGUGAUUGCUGUGACAGGACAUCAAUGUGUUUACAUCAUCACAAAGACUGAGGACCUUCACUUACAGUCCACUGUGAGGACUCGUAAAGACUACUGGUCAGUUACCGCCUUGAGCCCCAUCAACCUGGCGCUGACCUGCAAGUUCCCGCCCACUGUGGAUAUCGUGGACAUCACAGGCCGGCUGUUGAGGUCAAUAGAGAUGAACGCCAGUGGUGACCCGCUCUUUAAGGUGCCACAGUACAUCUCUAAUCUGUACGACAAGCUGCUGGUCUCGGACAGAGAAGGCAAAGCUUUGACCUGCGUUGACCAACACGGAAAGGAGCUCUUCGUCUUCAAAGGUAGCGCCAAAGAAGAGCUUGAGCAUCCCAAAGGUGUCUGUGCGAGCAAAAGCGGGCAAGUGUUCCUCGUGGAAAAUGACGACGUUUGGCUGGUCUCUGCAGAAGGAAAAAUGAUCAACAAAGUAAUCACAGACGUGAAGGGAGCUCGUGCAGUGACGGAGGAGAACGGGACUCUGUGUGUCAGCAUCGAGGGCAAAGGUGUGCUGUUCUACAAGAUCAUUGAUAUGAACAGUGUCUGA